AACCGGAGACGGGAGAACCCGGACACCCCGGAAUGGAACACCGCGGAAACGAUCCGUUCCGGAAUCCGGACAUGGAGCUGUUGUCCUUCAAGGAUGUGUCCGUUGAUUUCUCUCCUGAAGAGUGGGAAUGCCUAGACCCUGCUCGGUGGAAUUUGUAUAGAAAUGUGAUGUUGGAGAAUUACAGAAACCUUGUCUCUCUGGGUCUUGCUGUGUGUAAGCCUUCCCUGGUCACACUGCUGGAACAGAUACAAGAGCCUUGGGAUGUGAAGGGACAGGAGUCAGGAACCAUGUACCCAGAGAAUCUUUCUGACUGUAACAACUCAGCAAAAGACUUUGAUCAACAUGCAAAACUUACCAUCCAUCAGUGUGCGCACCGCAAAGAGACGUCAGACAAGCAGGAAGACGGUGACGAAUCAGCUUCUGAUCAGCAUCUCAGGGUGCGUACAGGAGACAUGGUCUACAAGUGUAAAGACUGUGGGAAAGCCUUCAAAUACCGCUCAGUCCUCUACCAGCACCACAUAAGUCACACGGCUGCAAGGCCCUACAAAUGUAAAGAGUGCGGCAAAGCCUUCAAGAGAAGCAGAAACCUUGCUCAGCACCAGGUGACUCAUAAGAGAGAGAAGCCACACAAGUGCGAAGAGUGCGGCCGAGCCUUUACCACACUUUCUGUCCUUACGCAGCACCGAGUCACCCACACCGGAGAGAAGCCCUACCAGUGUAAAGAAUGCGGCAGAGCCUUUAAAUAUAACUCAACCCUCACUCAGCACGAAGUCAUUCAUACUGAAGCCAAACCGUACAGAUGUCAGGAAUGUGGCAAAGCCUUCAAGAGAAGCCACACACUCAGUCAACACCAGGUGACUCACAAAGGAGAGAAACCGCACAAAUGCGAAGAAUGUGGGAAGGCCUUCAGCAAGCAUUCGUCUCUUACCCAGCACCAGGUCAUCCACACUGGAGAGAAGCCGUAUCAGUGCAGAGAGUGCGGGAAGGCCUUCAAGUAUCAGUCAACCCUUACCCGACACCAGAUUGUUCACACCGGCACGAAGCCCUACAAAUGUCCGGAAUGCGGCAAGGCCUUCAAUAACAGUUCCACCCUUAGUCGGCACCAGAUAAUCCACACGGGAGAGAAGCCCUACAAGUGUCAGGAGUGCGGCAGGGCCUUUUACUGCUCCUCCUUCUUGAUCCAGCACAUGAAGAUUCAUUUUGAAGAGAUGCCCUACAGAUGUAAAGAGUGUGGUAAGCCCUUCCGGCUUUCCUCCCAGCUUAUCCGACACCAGAGGAUCCACACUGGAGAGGAGCCCUACAUCUGCAAAGAGUGUGGCAAAACCUUCAAGUAUCAGUCAAACCUUACCCGUCACCAGAUACUUCAUACUGGCGCGAAGCCCUACAAAUGUCCGGAAUGCGGCAAGGCCUUCAAUAACAGUUCCACCCUUAGUCGGCACCAGAUAAUCCACACGGGAGAGAAGCCCUACAAGUGUCAGGAGUGUGGCAGGGCCUUUUACUGCUCCUCCUACUUGAUCCAGCACAUGAAGAUUCAUUUUGAAGAGAUUCCCUACAGAUGUAAAGAGUGUGGUAAGCCCUUUAAGUGUUCUUCCCAGCUUAUCCGACACCAGAGGAUCCACAGCGGAGAGAAACCCUAUAUAUGUAAGGAAUGCGGCAAGGCCUUCAACUGUACCUCAUACCUUACCAAGCAUCAGAGGACCCACACCGGGGAGAAGCCCUAUGUGUGUCAGGAGUGUGGCAAGGCCUUCAACUGUUCUUCCUAUCUCUCCAAACAUCAGAGGAUUCAUCUUGGAGACAGACUCUAUAAAUGUAAGGAGUGCGGCAAAGCCUAUUACUUUUCCUCCCAGCUCAAUCGGCAUCAGAGAAUUCACACCGGGGAGAAACCCUACGUGUGUCAGGAGUGUGGCAAGGCCUUCAACUGUUCUUCCUACCUUCAGAAGCAUCAGCGAAUCCACAUUGUAGAAAAGCCCUAUGUGUGUAAGGAGUGUGGCAAGGCUUUUAACUGUUCCUCAUACCUUACUAAACACCAAAGGGUUCACACCGGAGACAGGUCCUACAAGUGUAGGGAGUGCGGCAAGGCCUACUACUUUUCCUCACAGCUCACGCGACAUCAGAGGACUCAUACCAGAGAGAAGCCCUAUCGAUGUAAAGAAUGUGGCAAGGCCUUCAUUACUUCCUCCAGCCUUAAGCGACACCAGGAGACUCACACGCUCCUGAAACCGAGCCACGUCUAGAAUUGGUGUAUGUGUAUAUGUGUAGAAGCGACGCCUUAAUGGGAAGAGAGUUGUUACUGGGUGUCUCAUAAAGGAGGAAAACUCGUUCAUGCACUUACUGUCUUUAAAAAUUGCUGAAUCUUCCGUUUGCACCAAGAGGCCCAUAUAUGAGCGGAGACAAUGCAGGUAUAAGGGAUGCGGCAAAACCUUUAAAAGGUGCAUGGCACUGUUUCAGAACUGUUACAGAUGUGAUAAUGUGGCCUGACCUUUGAUCAAAGCCCUUCUUUGUUGGACAAUGGGAAAUUCAUAUUGGAAAGAGUAUUAUUGUCCUAUGUCUAACCCCUAGAACACUCCAAUACUAUACUGUAAAGCCCCUCAUAAAAUGAAAAGAUUAAUAUAGCUUUCACUAAUACAUCAGCAAAUCCUUUUUUUUUAAAGACAGGGUCUCUGUAAUAGCCCUGGAACUCACUUUGUAGACCAGGCUGGCCUCAGACUCACAGAGAUCUUUCUGUCUCUGCAUCCAGAGCACUGGGACGAAAGGCUGGCAUCCCCGUGCCCAGCCCAUACCUCAAAAAUUGACGUGUAUAAAGAAUUAUCAUAGGCAGUUGAAAAACUGUGUAUUAUGUAGAGACUCUAUUUUAGUACAUACACGGAGUGAAUGGUUCUUCGUUUGUCCUCUCUGGUAUGUGUUGUUGGACCUGUUAUUUUUGUCACAGAGAUUAAACCACCUUACUGUAGCAUGCACAGAAGAGAUCUUAGUACUAUAUCAUUGAAGAAUACUGAAUGACUGGCGGUUCUUGUUCCCCUUGUCUUUAUCCCUCCAACAGAUGUAUGGAUUUGGAGAUGUUUUUGUAUGUGAUAUUUUAAUCCAUCCUUUUUGCACUUAACCCAGAAAUUACAAAGGAUGUGAAAGUGUAAUAAAGUGUUCUAGCUUUCUGAAUCUUAAA